CUUGCUUUUCCCCUCUCUCUCUCUCACUGGUUUCCUCCAUUGCAAACCAAGCAUUCUUUACAGCUUUACUGAUGUGCCUCUUUCCACCACAUUCACACAACCCCACCUACCAUUUCACCCAACUCUGCCUUUUCGUACAUAUCUCACAACUCUAAUUCUUCCACCAUUUGGAAACCCAGAAAAAAAAUUCAAGAAAAAUAAAAGUUGCAAAAAAGGAACUCCGUAUAAAGUUUUUCUUUUGCUGGGUUUUUGGUAUUUCGUCCCUGCAUUGGCAUAUCUAUGCUCGUUGGGCCUCUUUCGAGAGAAAAAGGUGACAUUUUCCGCUUCUUGUGUUUCUCAAGGAAGACGAUCAACACGAAGGGUCGAAUGGAUUAAUCCAUUUCCGGAACUUACGUCACAUUCAGCUUCUACCUUAUGCUCAAAUUUCAAAGAAAAAAAAAAUGUCAUCCGGAACCUUAAACACCGAGCUAUCCAGGAAAUACGGUGAUCUCAAACUAUGGGUUUUAAUCUGCAUAUGCAUGGGUGCAUUUAUAGUCCUUAUUUUCGGUAUAUUGUCCAUAUGGAUCAUGUUCCAACGUAAAUCAAGAAGAAGAACACUGGGCAACUACUCCCACUGGCAAAUUCCUAACGUCUCGAAAGAUAUUACAGUAGAUAGAGUCGGGGACCAGAAUGCACACGAUGACCCGGAUAGCUUGUACCCAACCAUUAACGAUAAAUCAAGUGAGAAAAAUACGGAGAAGACAAUAGUUCAUAUAGGCAGGACCAAAUCAAGCGAUGCAGACAAUAUAAGUCAGUGCAGUUCAAUUUAUCAUCAUGAGAGGACCUACAGUUCUCAGUCGGGCGAGGAAGGGAGUUCAGGCAAAGCAAGAAAACAGUCCUCGAUUUCUUACGGGAUGGCCAUGGCCUCGCCUUUGAUUGGCUUGCCUGAGGUAUCUCAUCUUGGGUGGGGCCACUGGUUCACUCUUAGAGAUCUUGAAAUUGCGACUGCUCGUUUUUCGUCUGAUCAUAUUAUUGGGGAAGGUGGUUAUGGUGUCGUGUACAGGGGUAGGUUGGUAAAUGGGACUGAUGUGGCGGUUAAGAAGCUUCUUAAUAAUCUUGGUCAAGCAGAGAAAGAGUUUAGGGUUGAAGUCGAGGCUAUCGGUCAUGUUCGGCAUAAGAAUCUUGUACGGCUUCUUGGCUAUUGUAUAGAAGGAGUUCACAGGAUGUUGGUGUAUGAGUAUGUUAACAAUGGAAAUCUGGAACAGUGGCUUCAUGGGGCUAUGAGUCAACAUGGGACCCUCACAUGGGAAGCCAGAAUGAAAGUUCUACUUGGUACAGCAAAGGCGCUCGCUUAUUUGCACGAAUCUAUAGAGCCAAAAGUCGUACAUCGUGAUAUUAAAUCAAGCAAUAUCUUGAUUGAUGAGGAAUUCAAUGGAAAAGUAUCCGAUUUCGGUUUGGCUAAGCUGCUGGGGUCCGGAGAAAGUCACAUAGCUACAAGAGUGAUGGGAACAUUUGGUUAUGUUGCCCCAGAAUAUGCAAACACAGGAUUAUUGAAUGAAAAGAGUGAUAUCUACAGUUUUGGCGUUCUACUACUGGAAGCUGUUACCGGUAGAGACCCAGUAGAUUACAGACGUCCAGCGAAUGAGGUUAAUCUUGUAGAGUGGCUCAAAAUGAUGGUGGGGAAUAGGAGGGCUGAGGAAGUUGUGGACUCCAACCUCGAAGUUAGGCCAACCAUACGUGCGCUAAAACGUGCAUUACUGAUCGCGCUUAGGUGUGUCGAUCCAGAUUCGGAUAAACGGCCCAAAAUGAGUCAGGUUGUUCGAAUGCUCGAGACUGAUGAGUUUCCUUAUCGGGAGGAUCGUAGGAAUAGGAAAACCAGAACAACGAGCAUGGAAAUCGAGUCAAUGAAGGAGGCCAUGAGCGUUUCAGCCGAGACAGAAACGGGAGUGGAGAAAUCAGAGAGCCAUACGUUCGAGACAGUAGAUAGAAACUGACAGAAGUGAAGAUUCCUUCUUUCAUGAUUUGGGAAUGUGGUGGCCCAGUUCGGAAUCUUGAAAUCACGGCCAGACAAGUCAUUUAGAGCAUCGAUUGUCAUCUAGCUCAGAAAACGAAUGAAGAAAAAUAAGGAGUGUGAAUAUGGUGUUGCACAUGAGUAUGGCAGAUCAAAGGUGUUAUUUCAGUAACAUUAUUGUCUCUCUCCUUUUUUCCAUUUGGCAAUGUCUUGGUUUUAACACAGGAUGGUGUUAGGUUGCUUUUGUGCUAGGCUGACAAGCAUUAUUACAUAAAUUAUUGGCAAAACUUUCGCAUUGCAUUUUAAAGUAUUUACAUUUUCUGCUGGUUUUUUCUUGGCAAUGUGUAAUGUUCUUUGCCUUCUUAGCCCCUCAAAUGCAGAUUGGCCGUAGAUCGACUGGAAACGCAUUGUUCUAAAGGAUAUUAGCACGGCUUCAAGAUGUUUCCUUGAAAAGAAAUACUGGGUGAGGGCACUGCGUCGAAUAUUUUCUUGAAAAGUGAAAUUACAAAAGAAAUAAAAAAGAAUAAAUAAAAAAAAAAAAUGGGUCCUUUGUCCUUAAUACUGACAUUGAUUAUUACAAAAGAAAAGAAAACAAUGGUAAUGAUUGGUCAAAUUUCUAGCUGGUGUGGGGUCUUAUUCUGAACUUUUGAGAAGCUAGGACAAAUAACACUGUCAUUCAUCAUUGAAAAUAUUCUAUGACCAAUGGUACUUGUCUUCUUGAAUGUGAGGUUUAUCUUAUGAAGCCAUAUCAGUUAAAACAUGGGCAAAGGUGAGUGAGACUGAGCACCUUGUACAAUACAGCGUCUGAAUUCGAUUAUGUGUCUUUUAGUCUCAAUGACAUUUAUCCAUGUUCAACUGUUCAUCUGCCUGGAGCUCAACGGCUAUCUAUAUAUCUAUAAUGAGGGGUCAUGUACAGUUUUUUGCAGUUAUCUUGUAUUUACACUACCACCACAAUAUCCAUUAUCCAUAUAUGAUUUGUGACCUAGCAGAAACAACGUUAUCAAUUAUGAUAGAGGUG